GGACAGCAAAGUCAAACCAGCCGGAGAGGAGGCCGUCGAUCACCGCCUGUGGUCGAAUAAAUAAUGAGGGCCAUGGCCCAAGGCUAGCUAGAGUUAAAAGCUUCUGGAAUUGUUCGCCCGGUCAAACGAGCCUCGAAUGACACGGCGAUAUUAACGAAGACAAUAAGCGAAGGUCUUAUCUUCCCCUCGGUAGCUCCAACUUUGUCGCAUGAACCCUGCUAGUGCAAAGCCUCUUUGCUAUUGUCUGCCCUGAUCCAUAAAACGAUGAAAACACGGCCCUUUCCAUAAUACCACCAGGGUAGGAAGGUUCCGUUUGCCUUAUAUCCCAGCCAUUCUUAAUAUCUUUCUUUCCCUGUCGUUCAUGUACCAACAGCACCCUCCUCCACAGCUGGCGGAACCAUGACCCAAUGGCCAUCAUCCGCAGCACCAAUAAUGAUCCUAACCUAGCCGAAGACUUCGCCAUCGCCUGCUUCAUCGCCGUCUCCUGGUACAAUGCCAUCGAACUCAUCGUCCUGUGCUUCAUCACCUUCAAGAAACGCGGCGGCUUCUACUUCUGGGUCCUCCUCAUCUCCUCGAUCGGUAUCAUCCCCUUCGGUCUCGGCUACAUCCUCCUCAUCUUCGACAUCUAUCCCGGCUACUUCUCCGUCUCGCUCGCAGACGUAGGAUGGUGCGCCAUGGUAACGGGCCAGUCCCUGGUCCUCUGGUCCCGACUCCAUCUUGUCGUCUACUCCCGCAUGAUCCUGCGCGCCUCGCUCGCCAUGAUCAUCAUCGACGGAGUCAUCCUGCACACCAUCGGCUGGGUCUUCGAGAUGGGCGCCCAGUCCCCGCGGUCCGGAUGGUUCACGCCAGCGUUUAGUAUCUUCGAGCGCGUCCAGCUCAUCGGCUUCUCCAUCCAGGAAAUCAUCCUCUCAGUCAUCUACACCAGGGCCGCGCUGCAACUCCUCAGACUGCGUCCCAGACGCCAAUACCGUUCGACCCUGGUCCAGCUGGUCAUCGUCAACAUCCUCUUCAUCCUCAUGGACGCCGCCAUCGUCAGCUUCCAGUACGCGGGGCUCUUCCACGUGCAUGUAUCCUUCAAGGCGAUGGUGUACAGCGUCAAGCUCAAGCUCGAGUACGCGAUCCUGGGGAAACUGGUGCACAUGUCGAAAAUGUCGCAAUCGAAUUCCGCGCCGACGGAUCGGUCCGAGGCGGUGGAGAUGUCGUCGCGGAGGACGAAUAAUCGGUCGCAUCUGGAGCAGACGAGGGAGCAUCGCGAGAGUCAGACGAGUAUUAUUCGUGAUGGAGCGGAGUUUGAUGGUGAGGAUCUGGCGGAUUGUUCGCGGACGGGCUCGUUGAAGGGGUCGUUUCCGUCUAGCAAAGAGCCGGAUGCUGCGUGUGUUGAGGUGGGUCAUAGGUUGUAGCAGCCAUUAAGGGUUGAUGAAUGAUGUAUAUAUGGAAGGGAAGACUCGGCCUGACGUGGUCAUAUUUCUUUUGUAUAUAAGCUGGGAGUAAUAAUAUUUAAGUACGACAGGUCAUUGGCAGGUUCAUUGGGAGGUGCGUAUAUAUAUAUAUGCAUUAUAUGUGCACUG